UACAUACGAUUACUUAAACCCUAUAGAUUUUGAACGCACCAAGCAAAUGUACAAAAAAAAAAAAACACCUCUGGACAUCGGCUGCCCCGUUGUUAACAGUUAAUACAACAGACUGUUAGUUUUAUCAGUAAAAUUGAGGGGUUUCGUUCAGAAAUGACUAAGGCAUUUAUUUAUAUAUUUAUUAAAUGCUAAGGAACUUAGAUUCCUUCUUACAAGAUGUCUUCAAAACUGUUCCAUAAACUGCAGUCGGUUAGUGAAAGAGGUCUCGUAGCCAUCUAAUAUUGUCAUGGGCUUCCUAUAUUGUUUUUAAUGCUAAAAUAUUCUUCCUCUUAGCAAAGUCAAAACUUUAAAAAAAAUACUGUAGCUAUUGAGUUCAGAAAUAUUGCAUUCAAAUGUGGUAUUUAUAAAAGCACGUGGGGAAUUAUAAUGUUUACUAUCGGCCUCAACCUCAACUGUAACCUGAUAAAUCCGACUACUGUCGCUUCUAUUCCCUGCAGACAUGUUUACAUGUUUUUACGCACAGACGUUCAGUGCGCAUGCUUGAUCCUGCAGCCUGUACUCGGUGAGCACAUGCAGAGAAAUCCCAGAGCGAGGGGGCAGAGCAGCUCACCACAGAGACCAGACACUUGUUUUUCAGCUUUUUAUAUCCAUGCACGGAGCCCGGCUCCAGCAGAAGCCUCCUGAACUGUAGCUGCUGCAGGGGCUAUUUCAUUCGCUCAGUAACGGAGAGUGGGAGAGGCAAUGUGGGAGGAGGAGGGCCGGCUGGCUACAACAACACGGCGCACUGCUGCUGCUGUCCGGUCAGCGACUUCACGUCCUGCUCUCUAUGCUGUUUGAUCCCACCGGAAGACUGCAUCCUUUCACGGCUCCAUUUCAGUCUGGCGGUCUGCCGCGAUGGACGAGGCGGACCCCCAGCAGCAGCCGCAGCCGCAGCCGCCGCUGCAGGAGGACAGAGGGGCGGGGAGUCUGGCCGCCCUGCCCGGCCUACUGCCCGGGCUGCAGGGAGCUGAGGCCAGUGUUCUGCAGCUGAAGAUCAAAAACAGCAUCUGUAAAUCUGUUCAAUCACAAGUGGAAAACAUUCUGCAAGAUGUGGAGAAGUUCUCAGAUAUUGAAAAACUCUACCUCUACCUUAAGCUGCCUAAUGGCCCCAGCAGCAGCAGCAGCAGCAGCAGCACUGGCUCUGAUAAAAGUGACCAGAGUGCCUUGUCAUCCAGCCGCACUCAGCAGAUGCAUGCCUUCAGCUGGAUACGGAAUCAUUUAGAGGAAUAUCCAGAGACCUCUCUUCCCAAACAGGAGGUCUAUGAUGAAUACAAGGGCUUCUGUGACAAUCUCAACUACCACCCACUCAGUGCUGCCGAUUUUGGAAAAAUGAUGAAAAAUGUCUUCCCCAACAUGAAGGCCCGGCGACUUGGCAUGAGAGGAAAAUCAAAAUAUUGUUAUAGCGGGUUAAGAAAGAGACCUUUUGUUCACAUGCCAUCAUUACCUACUCUGGAUCUCCAUAAAACUGAACUCCAGGGUGAUGUCCUGGAGUCUCCAGGUCAACUGAGUGGUAUAAAAGAGGAGGUACGAUUUGCAGCCUGUGACCUGGUGUGUGAGUGGGCCCAGAAGGUGCUGAAACGUCAGUUUGACUCUGUGGAAGACCUGGCUCGAUUCCUGAUCGACAGUCAUUACAUCAGCAACAAGUCUCUGGCGGCUCUCACCAUCGUGACCGGCACAGCAGCAGCAGAGGUUAAGACUCCACAGCCAGUCUCAGCAUUCGUCCCCACCGGUGAAGCUCACUCCUUCCAGCCUCAGGUGACAAACCUGUCGUCACCUUCUAUUGAUGCAAAGCAGCAGCUCCAGAAGAAGAUCCAGAGAAAGCAACAGGAACAGAAGCUGUUGUCACCUUCACCUGGAGAGGGACAGGUCAAGCGGGAUGAAGAUGGUGUGCCUGGUGAAAGCCCGGCUCCUCAGUCCCCUCCUCCGACCAUCGGCAUUGUGGUCACUGCUGUGCCAAGUCCUAUCACUGUACAACGGAGCAGGCAACUAAUGUCACCGAGUCCACUGGGAACAGUUGAGAACAAAGUGCUACCUAUUAACAUCCAAAUGGUCACACAGCCAGUUCAGCCAGUGAAGCAGAGCCCCAGAACUUUGCAAAAUAUCCUGCCCAGUCCAGCAGGCGAACGCACUGCUCGGCAGCGCUAUGCUCAAAUCCUCCCCAAACCUAUGUCCACGACUGCCAUCACUUUACACUCCCCCUCUACCAUGAUCAUUGCGAACAGCCCUAUUAAAACUGUGAUGACUACAUGUCACGUUAGCCCUGUCAGUUUGGUCAAGAUGACGGCCAUAUCACUGCCAGCAAACAGCGGCAGCGGCAACACCACCACAUCCCUGAGCAGCGCAGGUGUGCGGUCUGCAUCUGCAGGGAUCAGCUGUAAUGCAGUUGAAGACAACAGCUUUAAUCAUGCCAUCAGGAGUGCUUCUGCAGUUCCCAUUCUUGCCCCAGAAGCCAGGCCAGGGCAGGCCACCAGCAAUCACAGCAUUGAUGUUGAAAUGGAAGUUGAAGCUAUACAUAAAAACAGUCAAAUGCAAAAUUCUGGUGGUGUCGUCUUGGUUCCAGGAGAAAUGAAAAACAGGACCGCAGGGGCUGUGCAGAGGGCUGCCAGUGUUCCCAUACCUCACACCAAAGGCUUCCUUGGCCUGGAGGACAUAUCUGCCACCAAAUGCAAUGAAAAUCCCUUCUCCAGCACUAACGCUACAGCAGUGGCUGUAAGCAGCAAUACUAGCGAUAGUAACACCAGCACUUUACACUUAGCUCCCUCCCCUCGUAAUACCAGCACUGUUUCUUUAAUGGACACCGGUGGAUCAUCUUUAUCUGGAGAAAAUAGUAAUGCAACACCAGCAAUGGCUCAGAGUCUCAGGAAACGCUGUGGCCUGAGUCUAGAUCCUUCUCCAGUUAAAAAGCUAUUAAUGUCGCAGCAGACAGCAGAGGGCGCUGCUGCUAUAGGGUAUGGCAGAAAGGCUGCUGGUUAUGGUUUCAGGCCAGGAUCUCUCAGCAGACCUGAAAGUGCACCAGCUAUCCCUGAGGUGGAGAUACAGAUGAACUCUGUCGUCACCACUCAAAUCCAUACACUUGGCACUUCCUCUUUUAGAACGAGUGGCUUUUACUCUGUUGCCAAAACACAAAACUCAAUCGCUAGGAAAAACACUGCCACCGUUAUGGAAACUAGCAGCACUAUUAGUCAUGCAUUAAUGCAGCAACAGCAUGGACACACACCGGGCAGUAUGCAUGCAAUACCUGAUAACCCCAUCCUCCAGGAACAACCAGGUCAUGGUACACUCUCAAACCCAACUACAGGAAACAUGGAAGGAGCUCGACAUCAACUAUUCACUCAGUCAAACUCUGCAACCGAACCACCGCAGUUUUUGAGUCAACCCUCUUCCUGCAGUCAGAUGCCUAUGCAGACAGAUGUGGACUUCUUCUCCUUUGAUGAUGAUGUGACUCAGGACAGUAUUGUUGAGGAGCUGGUGCAGAUGGAGGAGCAGAUGAAACUUAACAGACUGAUGGAGAGGGGGAACUGUGUCUCACUGCAUGGGAAUCAGGCUGUGCAGCAGGACAACUUCAUGUCCACUAAUCAGACAGUGGCAGCUUUUUAUCAUCCCACACACAAUAGCAACAUACCAGUCCACACUCCGACCCCGACUCCUACUCCCACACCCACAUCUGAAAUGAUGGGAGGAAAUCAAGGCCUCACUGGUGAGAGUCCCUGCUCCCGCAUGGCUUCUACCACCCCUGUGGACAGUGCAUUGGGAAGCAGCCGGCACACCCCCGUUGGUACUCCACAUUCUGGCUGCAGCAGCACUGUGCCUCCAAGUCCAGUGGAGUGCAGGAACCCAUUUGCAUUUACACCUAUCAACUCCAUCACUGGCUUCCAUGAAGGCAGCACUGUUUCCAGCAGUCCAGUUAAACCCAUGCAGAGGCCAAUGGCCACUCACCCAGACAAGACCAGGCUGGAGUGGAUGAAUACCAGUUACAACAACAACAGUGUCAGCUUGAACAGGUCAAACAAUGGCAUUGGGAUCCUGCCAAGUUAUCAAGGUCUCAUGGAUGACCAUUUCCAAAAACCUCACGCCUUUGCUGUUCCUCAUGCGCGGCACCAUGACAGCAGUUUUGGCCGUUUGACUCCGAUCUCACCGGUGCAGCAGCAGGUGGCUAACAUGAGCAAGCAGGAAGGUUUUGCUGUGCCUGCUCCUCUAGAUAAUAAAACCACAAAUGCAUCUGCUGCAAACUUCCGUUGCCGCAGUGUAAGUCCUGCAGUACAUCAAAAGAAUUUCAGUGGAAAUAUGGGAAACAGCGCCCUCCCCAGUGCCCACCACUCGCUGUUGUCUCCAUUUAACACUCCUGUAACACCAGAGAUGUUGAGCAUCUUUGCAAACAGUCAAACAAAUCUUGGUGUGAGCAGCAUGGUUCAGCGGAGUCGCUCUGUGCCGCUCAACAUCAUGAUGCAGACCGAGGUUCUACCCGCAACAGGUCUGCAAUGUAAUAACAAGAACAUCACCAGUGUCCUUCUGAAUGAAAUGGACUGCGACCGUGAUGAUGGUCUGCGGGGUUUGGCCAUAAAUAAUUUGCCGUCCAGUUACACUGCACGUAUGAACCUCACUCAGAUCCUGGAGUCUGAGUCCAGUCUCUCCUGCGGUGACAGCAUGAUGACUUCUGACUCUACCAGCACUUGUAAUUUACAGAGGCCAGAAUAUGUCAUGGGAAAUCAAGUCAAUGAACAAAUGCUGCUUUCUGCAAGUAACAACCACGUACUUUCCACCUGUAGUGAGCAUCAGCAGGCCCAAUCCAACCUAAUGUUAACUUUGAACCAGCAGCAGCAGAAGCAGAUGAAUUACGGCAGUUCUAGUAGACAGCUCAUAGAACAGGUGUCAGAGCUGACUACAGGUGUGGCAGGCUUCCCAUGUGAAAUCAGAAUGACAUCAGAGCUUCCCGGUACCAUCAAUGAUCUUAAUGCACUGGAUACAAACCUUCUCUUUGACCCUAACCAGCAGCAAGGGCAAUACCAAAACACAGCUCCAGAAGAACUGGUGACCGAUGCACUGUUUCAGCAAAUUACAGGUGAGACAACAAAUGCAAGUGGACUGGACUGGUUAGAAAACAAAGACCAGACCACUGUUGGACUCAUGGGUUAAAAACAGAUGUGUCAACGUUUGCUGUUUAGUUUUCGAGUAUUUUUUAUUUCCUUGUUUUUAUAUGUUCUAUUUAAACACUGGACGCAUUGACAUUUGUCCAGUUUAAGUGCCAGGCUAUGCUGCAAAAAUGCUGCAAUCCUCUGAAUAAAAUGCAAGUCAUUUUGCCCUAAAUCAGAGAAUAUCACCUGACAUCGUUUGACCCAAGUGCAUUUUCAAAUUUGUGAAAGAGCCAUUAAUUUCUUUGCCUGAAGAAAUCCUUAAAUGAAAAAAAAUAUUAUUAUUAAUUUGUGUACAGCAAUAACCCUUUUAUCACUUUAACUAAUUUUAAUGCUUUGUGUCAUCCAUCAUGAGCAAAUAGGCAGAAUUGAAGUUUAUGCAAGAAUCAAGUUUUGAGGGAGCUCCUGCUCUUUUGUCCAGUUACAUAAUUGACAUUUAAUGAGGCAUAAGACUGUUCAGCUGUUACAGAAACUUUACUUUCAAGUUUACAACAGCAUUCAUAAAUAUGAUUUGCUGUCAUUUUUGUAAUCUAAUGUAAAGCCAUUGUACAUUCUUUUGAGUCAACUAAUUAAUAAUAUAAUGGAUCAAUGCAAUAACAUUAAUCCAUAUGCAACAUCUGUUCUACUUGAUCAUUAGUUUUUUGUGGAGAAUACCAGCAAUAGACUACAUAAAAAAAUGUAUUAAUCGAUGCAUGAGGAAUAAAACCCGAAUGUAGACACACUGAGCCAAAAUGUAAUGUAUGUCUUCAUUCAAAACCUGCUUCAAUAUGCAACUUCUUUAAUGGGUCUGUGGUGUUUUAAUGUGAUUCCCAUGUAAGUUUAACACAGAAUUUAAGAUGAGAGCUCAACCACUGUGAAAAAGAAUUUAGAACCUACAGCCUGGAUCAAGACCCUUUGUUGAUACAAAGUCGGCUGUAGUUUGUUAAUAACAUAGGAUGGUUCCUAUACUUAUUGUUCUUUGUAGAAUGACUGGGUUAUGACUAAUUGAAUGCAAUAUUAAUAUGGUGUGCCAAUGCAAUGGAACAAUGAAAAUGUCAAACACACUGCCCUGACAAUCUGCAAUACUUGACUUUUCUUCAGAAUGAAAUACUGUGUGUGGUUUGGAUAAAAUCAAGCACUGCCAGUGUAACAUUAACCAACCAUGUAAACACUAGAGUCCAGACUAGCCUUUGCACUGACAAUGGACAGUGUCUAAUGAAAUUGAAAGUUUUUGGUUUCUCAGCCUUAUACUCAAACCAAAGAAGACAUUUUUGAUAUAAUGGCAGAUCUCAGAUCUUGGCUGUCUACUGUAAAACUAAGAAUUGGUGACAUUUGCAGCACUGGAAUACUUGUUUUCUUUUCUAAACCUAAAGCAGUUCUUUAUCAAGAAUUAAAUUGUUGUCUUUUCAACACUUUUUACACGUAAGAGGUACAACAUAACAAAAGGAAAACACUGUAAUUCCCCCCUUGUUAUGGAAUCCCUGAGUCUCUCUGAUGCCACAUUAAAUGUGUUGGAUUUUAUGUGCCCAGCACUUUUUUGUGUUGUGGUUAUUUAUUUACAUUUUGUUGUUUGUACAGAGUUUUUAAAAAUAUAUAAAUGUGUGUAAUCCCAGUAAUCCAACUUGUAGGGAAUAGUAUGUUCUAUGUGUCAUAGCAAAUUACCACUUGUAUACACUGUACAUUUCUCAACUGAUGUCCUGUUCAAAUGUGAGAAAAUGUAUCUGUAGCUUCAUUUUAUGUUAAAGAAACUGCGCUUGUUUGAAUUAUUUACGUUCAUAUAUAUGGUGAGCCAGUUGCUAUGUUAUUGGUGUAUGAUUGUUGAUAUAAUUGACAGUGAUUCUCUCUAACUGGAAAUGUGUUGGGAGUUAUCCCAGAAAAAUUGCACGAUUGCAAGAUCAAAAAAUAAUUGUAAUGUGUUUCAUUAUAUCGUGUAAAAUCAAUAUCUUGAUAUAUGAAAAAUGCAGAGCAUUUAAUCUUAAAUCUUACAGAUUACAGAACUUGUAACCUUUAUAAAAGCAGUAGCAAAGUAAAAUGUGAUUUGAAUUUUAGGUUCAAAUUUCAAAUUUUUUGACUACUUAAAACAUUUUUUUAAUUUAUAUUUUGAUUUUAAUAUAUAUGUUUUUGACUUUUGAAGUUGCUAAUGUUUAUCUGUGUAUAUUUAAAAAACAAUAUUUCCUAAGGGUCUGAGUUUUGUGUUUGAUGAAGACAAUACCCUUCCUCUUGGUAUAAGCAUAGAAGAUAUGUAAAAAAUGUGGCUAUAUAAAUCAAUGGCAAAUAUAAUUACUUUUCACUAAUAGUGGAAGGCCAAUCAGCUGCUGCCGAAGAGUUUUAUGAAGAAGUAUGAGUUCAAUUAGGUAUUAUGCUAAAUGUUUUAAAUUGGCAAAUCAGAGGUAAAUAAAUAUAUGAUAAAACACAGUAAAAGACAUAUGUUACUAAAAAUAAUUAUUUUUAAGAAUUGGAAUAUGAGUGAAUGCUUUAUCUCAUGACAUGUUUUAUAGUCUAUUGUCCUUAACUAAGUAUUGAUACCCAAAACACCUUAGGAAAAAAAGAGUAAAAAAAAAAAAGGUGACAAGCAGCCUCAUGUUUCCAUGUACGUCUGUUAAUAUGAAGCUACUUCCAAAUAUGGUCGCAGGACUUCUGGUCUUCUUCCUGGGCUUCAUUUUCCAGCCAUACUUUCAGCCCAUUUCUUAUAUAAAGUCUAUGGUUUUACGUUAUACAGAGCUGUGGAGCUGCUCUGCAUUGUAGUCGUGUUGCUGUGGUCAGUGUAUAGAUAUAUUUUGUUUUCUUUGCAUUUUAAUAAAACAAAAGAGGAAGUGUUAUUUAAUAAUGAUUUUUAAAGACGUUUAAUGUUAAUAAACAUUUUCCAUAACA